UAGUGGAACGCACCCUCAGUUUCCUUUCUUGAUAUAAGAUAGAAACGCGACGUGUUAUAUUGUAGAAAUAAAUGGAAAUGUAGAAAUAUAGAAAAUGACAAGAACGAGAACAAUUAACGAAUAUUAUUCUAGUGUCGAGUGAAUUAAUCUAAUAACAUAUAAAAUACAUAUGUAUCUCCGUUCAUGAAAUUUGAAUAUGCAUGUUUUAAAGGUUAGGUUUAUUCGUUUUAUCAUUUAAAAUGGUCUUUGCAAAACGUUAUAUGUACUGUGUAUUAAUUAUUGUGUAUUAUUAUAUAUUGUAAUUAUCCUUUUAUUAAGAUUUAAUCAGAUGAAUGAAAUGCAGUUUAACGGUGCAGUGUACAUAUAGAUUAAGUUUUAUUUAAAGAUAAAACUUCAACUAAUGAAAACUUAUGAAGAUGUACACUUUAAGAUCUCUUGUUCAUAUUCGUUUAAAUAAAAGUUUGCUAAAGGCAUACAAUAAUAUAUACGUAAAGCAUACAAAAAUAGAAUCAUCGGUAUGUAUGAAAAUUGUAUGUAAAUUUAAACAUACUUCAGAAGAAUUGAGAUUAAUUGAAAGCAAAGAAGAGAAAGAAGCGUACAAAGUGAUUUCUAAUCAGUACCUAGGAGUGAUAGCUGGUGGGCACAAAGUUUUUCUAUUGCAACCAUAUAUAAAAUGGGGUAAAGAUAAAAAAAGAAAUACCAGGCCUGAAUUGCAAAUGGCUGAAUCUGUAGCACUCGUAGAAACUUUAUUGUAUUGGAACGUAAUAGAUAAAGCGUUUGCUCCUUUGCUCUCAUUUAAAAAGAAAAAUUUAUUGGGUUCAGGUGGACUCGACAAUCUUGUGAAAACAAUUCAACAAAACAAACAAAUAACAGCUGUAUUCGUUAGUAUAAAUUUGUUAAAACACGUACAAAGAAUGGAACUUCAAAAUAUUUUAGGUAGCUUUGGCCGAAUUGCCAUAUAUUUGGAAGAAAAUGGGUGAAGUUUAUGAACAACACAGUGGUCAAAUUAAUUUUGAGGAAAGUAGGAAAAAAAUGUUGAAAGCUCGUGAAUCUAAACUAAAAAGAGCAUUAGACAAAUUAAAGGAAAUUAGAAAAGGCAGUAGAAAUCGGAGGAAAAAUUAUGGUUUUCCAAGCAUUGCUGUGGUUGGAUAUACGAAUGCUGGGAAGUCGUCUUUAAUAAAAAUCUUAUCAGAAGAUGAAAGCUUGAAACCAAGGAAUCAACUGUUUGCCACAUUGGACACAAUUUCUUACCAAGGUUUACUUCCAUCUAGACAGAAGGUCUUAUAUAUAGAUACCAUAGGUUUUAUUCAAGAUGUACCAGAAAUGUUAUUAGCGCCUUUUAUGGUUACUCUUGAAGAUGCUUUAGUCUCUGAUGUUAUCAUACAUAUUUACGAUGUUAGUCAUCCCGACGCGAAGGCACAGUUUCAAUACGUAGAAGAAAUAAUAAGACCUAUGUUAAAUGAACGACAACCGGUAAUACGUGUAGCUAAUAAAUGUGAUCUUAUUGAAAAGUUUGAUAUACAUGAAGAUAUGAUUGCUAUUUCUUGUAAAGAGUCAACAGGUAUUAAUGAAUUAAAAUUAAAGUUAGAAGAAGAAGUUGUCAAGGCAACUGGAAAGUCAUUGAAACGUAUUAGAGUAGAAUCUGGUAGUUUAGCAUCAAUUUGGUUACAUAAGUGGACGACGGUAAUAAAUUCAGAACCAGACGCUAACAAUCCUCAAUACGUAAUUCUUGACGUUUUAGCUACCGAUUUAAUGAUUAAUGAUUUUAAACAAUUUUUGAAACAAUAAAAUACCAUUACAAUGUGUACAUUCUUUCGUAACGUUUUCAAAUUGAAGAAAAUCAGUAAUACACGACACACAAAUAUGUAAAAUUAUCCGACAGGCAUUUUUUAUCGAAAGAUUGUCUUUUGUAACAAACACGUGGUGAGCACGUGUGUUCCGUUGAGCAGGAACACGUUGGUUAGUGUGCGUGAGAUUUGAAAUAAUAAAUCAAGAAAUCUGUCCGUUGAAUAGAUUAACUCUAAAAAAAUUUACUCCCAUUAUUUUUUCUUUGAAAUAAAUGAAAUAAAUGAAUUUUAAAGCAUGUGUUAUUUUUGAAUAAUUCGUUUUGAUUUAUGUAUUUUUGUGGAAUAAUGAAAUACAUAUGCACAUAUGUACUUAUGUCGAAAGAAUAAUAAAAACUCUAAGAGAGUAUCGGAAAUGAUUUGAUCGAAUUACCACAAUGCGUGUAGCAUCUAUCACAAACGUAUCCUGUUCAUUUUAGGAACGAGAUAAAAGGGGAUAAUAUCGAGCAGUCGUGUAUAAUCUAUAUAUGAUGUCCGUUUAAAAUAUGCGAGUCAGUUUAAUCAUUUGAUUUUUCUUCUUUUUCACUUCUACUCCUAUUUCCAAUUAUGGUUUACUUUGUAAUCAAAGAAGUGA